AUUUGCAUUUGAGCUAUACUAUAAGAUCAAAGAUGAGUUCAGAGCGGCAAGUUUUGUUGUUGAUGUCAGUAAACAGUUAAGGAAAAACACCGCUAAUGGCUUGGAAAUUGUCCAAAAGGAGCUUCUUUCUGAUAUGGCCUUAGAGCCCAUGCAAGAGUUGCAGUAUAAAAGAGUGCUUCUGGUUCUGGAAGGGGUUGAUAGUAAAGAUCAUUUGGAGUUGCUAGAGGGAAUGAGAAUAGUUGAUUGGUUUGGUCCUGGUAGUAGGAUUAUCAUAACAACAGAAAACGAAUAUAUCUUUCAGAAUUCUCAUGUGAUGAAUGGUGUUGAGCUUGAGACACAUUGCAUUCAUGAAGGUGAUAUCAUUGGUAUUAAUAGAAGUGUGAAGGAAAAGAAUGUAGUGGAAUUUGUCAAAGAUUUCAUUGAUGUAAUUAAUCAACUGAGGGAAGAAGAUUCAAUGAGGAGGAAUGUUAUUUCAAUUGUUGGCAUGGGCGGGUCAGGCAAGACUACCCUUGCCCGAAUUGUCUACGAUAGCAAUGAGGUGAGGAAGGUAUUUCCUUGCCGUGCAUGGGCAACUGUUUCCAAAGAUUAUAGAGAAAAGAAAGUUUUCUCAAGCCUUGUUCGAUCUCUGAUGUCAUCAUCCACACAUAUAACGGAAAACGAACAAGAGUUAAAGUCCAAGGUGAGAAUACAUUUGAAUGAGAAAAGGAGAAAGUAUUUGGUAGUGCUGGAUGACGUGUGGGACGCUCAGGUGUGGAACAAGCUGAAGGAUUAUCUUCUCCCAAAACACAAUAACGGGAGCAGGAUAUUGGUGACUACACGAAAUGUUAGAGUGGCAAACUAUGUAGGGUCAAAGGAACCUCACCAUGAACCUAGCCGUUUGAAUGGAGAAAAAGGUUGGGCAGCGAAGUGUUUGGUGGAGAAGUGUGUCCUGCUGAGUUAGAGCCUAUUGGUAAAUCAAUUGCCAAGAGUUGCAAGGAUUUGCCAUUGGCUAUUGUUGCAAAGAGGAAGACCUCAGAAACAGAAUGGAAAAGUAUUGAGAAUUUAGUUCCUCAUUGGUGUGAUGAUGAUGAUAUCGACCAGACGAAGAAGAUAUUGAAGACAAAGGUUUCAUACAAGUAAGACAAACCGGAAUAUCAAAGGCACCACCGCAGCCUGAAGAUAUUGGUGAGGAUUACUUGAAGGCAUUAGUGGAUCGUAACUUAGUACAAGUGGCAAGAAGGAGUAAUGACGGGGAAGGCGUGAAAACAUGCCAGAUCCACAAUCUCUUUCAAGAUUUGUGCAUAUCAGAGAGCAAUGGCAACAACAAUGCUCGUAGAUUGUCCUUCCCCCGCAACGCAGGAUCCAUAGAUUCCUAUGUUUGUUCAGUAACAUGUAGUGAAUAACAGACAUGUUCGUUUAAUGUGCUUGACUUAUCGCCUUUCACUAAGGAAGUAGCUCAUGAGGAGGUUAUGGAGAAGUUGAUCCAUCUAAGGUCCUUGAGAGCAGGCGCAUAUUGGGACGUUCCAAAUUAUUUGUGCAAACUUGAGGAGUUAGAAAUAUACAAACAGGGACAAGGGGACAGACAUAAGUAUUGGACAGAUUAAACAGCUGAGACAUCUUCACUGCAGUCACGAGUAUUUGACACUAUCACAAGAGGAAGGAACUAGGGACAAGAUGCAAAAUCUCCAAUCUCCAAACCUUAAUAUGUGCAUCUUACUCCUCAAGUAGAGUUUCUACUCAACGCGGGUUGCUUUCCCAACUUGAUAUCACUGGGUUUAUAUCUGUUUGAUUUUGGGAUAAAAGAAAAAGAACACUUGAGGAGCCUGCACUGCCUAAAAUAUCUGAAAAAGCUGAAAUUAGAAUUUUAUGGUUGCCGUCUCUCGUUGGAUGCAAUUGCAUUUCCGCCAAGUCUUACCAAGAUUAAGUUGUCACAUGUGAAUGCCAAAGAGUUGAACUCCGAAGACAUACAUGCUUUGAGAAGGAUUGCAAGCCUUAAAACCUUAAAAUUGUGCGUUGCAAGAUGUGAGGAUAAUCUGAAUUGGGGUGGCCCUGGGAGUUUCCCGCAACUUCGAGUGCUUCACAUGACAAGGGUGCGUCUCAAAUGCCUUAGAUUAGGAAAUGGUUCAAUGCCUCGUCUUCAGCGUGUGCACAUUUGUUGGUGCCCUGAAUUGAAGGACGUUGAUAACCGAGUGCUUUCCUUGGCUGGUAACUUCGAGAGGGUGGAGCUUGACCCUUCUUCUUGGUUUAAUAUAUGGGCUUAUUAAUAAUUUGGGAGACGGAGAUUUUUCAUUGAGUAACUCAAACACCUUUUGGUUUGGUAUGAAAAAAAUUUUACCAUCUAAACUAAAACAUUUACAUUUAUUUUUGGUCUUGGAGUUAAAACUUGUUUAUCAUUAAACUAUCCACAUUAUA